ACUACUUGUCUACCAAAUAUUGUACACUUCUUACUCUCUUAGCUUAUUAACUGAUCACUUAAAGAUUUAUGUCUAUGGCAAGAGGUGUAGAACCUUUGAUAAUAGGGAGGGUUAUAGGAGAAGUAGUGGAUAUUUUUAACCCAAGUGUGAAGUUAAUUGUUACUUACAACUCAAGCAAGCAAGUUUGCAAUGGCCAUGAGCUUAUGCCGGCCGUCCUCAUCUCGAAACCUCGCGUUGAGAUCGGCGGUGAAGACAUGAGAAGUGCUUAUACUUUGAUCAUGGUUGAUCCAGAUGCUCCAAGCCCUAGUGAUCCAUACCUAAGGGAACAUCUCCAUUGGAUUGUGACAGACAUCCCUGGAACAACUGAUGUUUCAUUUGGGAAAGAAAUAGUGUGCUAUGAAACACCAAAGCCAGUGAUUGGAAUACACAGGUAUGUGUUUAUAUUAUUCAAGCAAAUAAGAGGAAGACAAACAGUUAGGGCACCAUCAUCAAGGGAUUGCUUCAACACAAGAAGGUUUGCCGCUGAAAAUGGGCUUGGCCUCCCGGUAGCCGUUGUCUACUUCAAUGCACAGAGAGAAACUGCUGCUAGAAGAAGAUGAUCUAUCA